AUGGUGUGUUCCCAUCACUCAACAGCCUUACAAUUUCUUCAUUUUGAAGUUCUAUCUAUCUAUCUAUCUAUCUAUCUAUCUAUCUAUCAGGUGGCCGUCCAAAUUUCGGCAUUUACCCAACUUAACCAGACAAGCCACAAAUUCCGGAAUCGUGUUGUUAUUGUUGAUGUUAUUUUCUUCUUCUUCUUCUUCUUCUUCUUCUUCUUCUUCUUUAUAAAAUCUAUUCUUUUUAUUCAAAUAUUUACCCUCUUCUUCGUAUUUUCUCUCUUACGCUAUCACUCUCUCUUUCACGCUCUCUGUUUCUUUCUCUCGCCAUCCACACUCUCAUUCCUUACAAAAUCUAUCUGUUACUUAUUUUCAUUCCAUUUCCUUCUUUUCUUUUUCUACGUAUUUUUUCUUAUUCUUUUUUCUUCUUUUCCGUUUCCUUUUCUCAUUCUUUGUCAACUUUUUACUCUUUUUCUCAUACUUUUUCUUCUUUUUCAGCCUUUUCCUUCUUUUUCCUCGUCUUUUUUCUCAUUCUUUUUCUUCUUUUUCAGCCAUUUCCUUCUUUUUCCUCGUCUUUUUUCUUAUUCUUUUUCUUCUUUUUUGGCCUUUUCUUUCUUUUUCCUUGUCUUUCUUUUUCAGAUUUUUAAUCCCUUUUCUCAUUCUUUUUCUUCUUUUUCAGUCUUUUCCUUCGUUUUUCUCUUUUCUUUUCUUGUUCUUUUUCUUCAUUAA